AGUUGAUUUAUUGCAGCAGGCCGCAGCAGAAGGAGACGCGCUGUAAAUGGCCACCUCCAUCUCCUGAAAACGAGACCAACAAAGAUUACACGGAAAAUGAACGUCGACUUUUAAUGAAUCACUGAGAUCCUGAAUUCUGUCAUAUAUUACAACGUGUUUUGUAGACCCUGCACAGGGAUUGCUGUCCAGUGGACUUAAAGUCCAGUUUGGUGUCAGCAUACACAUCCUCCAAAGUGAUGGACGGCAAGGAAAACUCCAAUGCCACUUCUGGAAGUUUUGCCACAAAUCUGGACCACACGAAACCAUGCUGGUACUGGGAUAAAAAGGAUCUAGCCCGCACUCCAUCCCAGUCCGACGGCCUCGACCCGGCCACAGAAGCCCGUUACAGACGAGAGGGAGCCAGGUUCAUAUUCGAUGUCGGAACUCGUCUGGGACUACAUUAUGAUACGUUGGCUACUGGAAUAACAUACUUUCAUCGUUUUUACAUGUUUCAUUCUUUUAAACAGUUCCCAAGAUAUGUUACUGGGGCUUGCUGUCUUUUCUUGGCUGGUAAAGUGGAAGAAACCCCUAAGAAGUGCAAGGACAUCAUUAAAACAGCUCGCAGUCUGCUAAACGAUGUGCAGUUUGCCCAGUUUGGAGACGAUCCGAAGGAGGAGGUCAUGGUCUUGGAAAGGAUUUUACUGCAGACAAUAAAGUUUGAUUUACAAGUCGAACACCCGUAUCAGUUUCUCCUGCGCUAUGCUAAACAGCUAAAAGAAGAUCACUCGAGGAGUUGUUUUUCAGGUGAUAAAAACAAGGUUCAGAAGCUUGUGCAGAUGGCCUGGACCUUUGUCAAUGACAGCAGUCUCUGCACAAUGUUGUCCCUACAAUGGGAGCCAGAGAUAAUAGCAGUGGCUGUCAUGUACCUCGCCGGCCGACUCUGUAAGUUUGACAUCCAGGAGUGGACGUCCAAGCAGUCUUCUCGCCGGUGGUGGGAGCAGUUUGUACAGGACGUACCAGUAGAGCUGCUGGAGGACAUCUGCCACCAGAUCCUGGACUUGUACUCUCAGGGUAAGCAGCCAAUACCCCAGCAGCCUCAAAUUCAGGAGAAGGAGAAACCCCCACCUCCUCCUGUGGCCCUUCCCAGCCAGUCGGGAGGGCAGAACCCACCUGCUCAACCACCUAUAAAGAAGAACUCCCCACAGGCCAGCCCACCUGCCAAGAUGAAACGGCAACAUGUUUCUCCUAAAGAAGAACCCAAAGCUCCAACAGAGCAAGUUGGGUCUAAGAUACCAAGACUGGAGAGUCCUAUGCCCCCUCUUCCUGUUUCUCAACCCCCGGAUCGCAAGGCUCCAUCUGCCAUCCCAGCACCGCCUGCUGAAGCAGAACCGGCCACAUCAAUCGACAUCGACCCAGCACAGGGGCCGGCUCCUCCUCUGCCGCAUGGAGCCCCGCCUCCUUUACCUCACCGCCCGCCUCCCCCACCCCCCUCCAGCUAUAUCAUGGGAAUGUCCACGUCCAGUUCGUACAUGUCAGGGGAGGGAUUUCAGAGUCUGCAGUCUAUGAUGAAGACCGAAGGGCCCUCGUAUGCGCCUAUGCCCCCUUCGUACGGUCUACCGUACCACCCGCACGUCUAUCCGCAUCAAAACCCUCCAGGCCCACCACCUCCAUCCACUUACCCCCCUCCCAACCUGCCACCACCCACCCCAUCUUACCCCCCUCCAGGUUACAACCCCAGCUACCCCCCUCCUCCUCCACGUAUGCCACCAGGACACAAUGUACCACCUCCUGUAAUGGGCUUGCCACCUGCUGGGUACCCACCUCCGCCUGUGCCCCCUGGGCAACCUCAGGUGCCCCUUCCACCCCAUGCCAUGCCACCUGUGGCAGGAAUGAACAGAGGAGCUUGGAUGAGAUGAGAUGUUUUGUAUGAAUGUAGUUUUGGCAGUUAAUAAAAGUUAUUUUUUCCUCUC